AUGGAUAUCCAAGCAAUUACUAACGGAUCCUCAGUCCACAAACAGGUUUUUUUGGGUCACAGCAGCGGUUCUACCGAAAACGAUGCUGUGGCAAUCUCAUAUCCCGCCACCGAAGUGGUGGGCCAUGGUUCGUUUGGCGUCGUCUUCACCACUAAGAUCAACGAAAGUGGCGACCGCGUGGCCAUCAAAAAAGUCCUUCAGGAUCGUCGUUUCAAAAAUCGCGAACUGGAGAUAAUGAAGCAACUUCGGCAUCCUCAGAUCGUGGAUCUCAAAUACUACUUUUACGAAACAGAUCCUGAAAAUGAGGUCUAUCUGAACCUCAUUCUUGAGUAUAUGCCACAGUCGCUCUACCAGCGACUGCGCCAUUUCGUUUCUCAGCGAACUAACAUGCCCCGCAUUGAGAUCAAAUUGUACACGUACCAAUUGGUCAAAUGCCUGAAUUACCUGCAUACACACGCCAAAGUGUGUCAUCGAGACAUCAAACCCCAGAAUCUACUAGUGGAUCCAGAGACAUUUGCACUCAAACUCUGUGAUUUUGGUAGCGCCAAGCAACUCAGGCCCUCGGAGCCCAAUGUGUCCUACAUUUGUUCACGCUACUACAGGGCUCCUGAGCUGAUUUUCGGUGCCACCAACUACACAGUGCAAAUUGACGUUUGGUCAAGCGGAUGUGUGAUGGCUGAGCUCAUACUCGGCCAGCCCAUGUUUCCCGGUGAAAGUGGGAUCGACCAACUUGUGGAAAUCAUCAAGAUCCUGGGAACCCCCACCAAACAGGAAAUAUGUUCGAUGAACCCUAAUUAUAUGGAGCACAAGUUCCCGCAGAUACGGCCUAUCCCCUUGGCCAAAGUGUUCAAACGCGAGGACGAGCAGACCGUUCAAUUUCUAUCGGACGUGCUGCGAUACGACCCUACCGAGCGGUUCACCGCCCUGCAGUGCUUGUGCUCGCCAUAUUUCGACGAGCUACGCCAAGCCAAGGAACAGGACCCGCAACUUGCUGAAGCUGUCCAGAAACUGAAUUUGCUGGACUUCAGCGACCAACUCGAUUUCGACUCGCUUUCUCUCGAAGAAACCCAGAAUGUGAGAGAAAAACUUCUACUAUAA